CUUUGCCUCUUUAUUCUCUCUUCUAUGGUAUAUGUGAUUUGCUAAGCUUGGUAAUAGACACUUUUGAGAGAACUUUUCCUGCAUUCUUGACUCUUUGUUGGGUCUCUUUCGGUAGCUGGUAGAGGUGGCAGUAGAAAGAGCCAUUUCCUUUGAUCUUUAUUUGCCAUUUUUCUGCCACCUUUUUUCUCGCUCACAAAGCUUACCCACCAAAUCAGCUCAACUUGACAGUGAGAUCUUAUAAAUUAUCAUUUGGGUUUUUCUGUCCUUCUUAUCUAACCCUACUUUCCUUGUUUCAGCUUUCCUAGUUCAAGUGUUGGUGCUAAAGAUUUGCCUCUUUCUGAUUCUUUUUGUUUUCUCUUCUCCUCGGGAUUGAUCCAAUAGAAGUAGACAACAGAGAGUUGAAGGGUUUAUGAUGAGUUUCUUUUUAUUUUGUUCUAUCUUGGAACUUUUAUUGCAUUGAAGAUCUGAGACUGCACCACUUGGAUCUGUUGCUGAUCACAAGAAAAGCUUCAUACAUCUGUUGCUUCAUCUGGUUCAGAAAUUAAAGUGAGGGAGAAUAUGAAUGAUUUUUCCCAUGUUCCCCCCGGAUUUAGGUUCCAUCCCACGGAUGAAGAACUUGUUGAUUAUUACCUCAGGAAGAAAGUUACUUCAAGGAGGAUCGACCUCGAUGUCAUCAAAGAUAUUGACCUCUAUAAAAUUGAGCCCUGGGAUCUUCAAGAAGAGCUUUGCACUUUGGGAAGUGAAGAACAAAAUGAAUGGUACUUCUUUAGCCAUAAAGAUAAGAAGUAUCCAACGGGAACCCGUACGAAUAGAACAACAGCAGCAGGAUUUUGGAAAGCAACGGGAAGAGACAAAGCAAUCUAUUCUAAGCUGCAUGACUUGGUAGGGAUGAGGAAAACAUUAGUCUUUUAUAAAGGUCGAGCACCCAAUGGGCAAAAGUCUGAUUGGAUCAUGCAUGAGUAUCGCCUUCAAACCAAUGAACAUGCCACACCACAGGAAGAAGGAUGGGUUGUGUGUAGAGUAUUUAAAAAGAGACUACCAACCAUGCUGAAACUGAGUGAUCAUCAUGAUUCUCCCUGUUGGUAUGAUGACCACCAAGUCUCUGUCAUGCAAGACAUGGACUCACCAAACCAAACCUCUCAACCUAAGAAUUCAGCCUACCAUUUUCUUCAGCUUCCAUUGGAGAACCAAAAACUCCUUCAAUCUACUUCCACCAUAAGCCCUAACAAAAUGGCAGCAUAUGGCACAGAAGACAACCAUGCUGCAUCAAUCAUACAACAAGCUCAACAGCAAAACCUUCAGCAAGUGGCUCAUGAUUGGAGAGCUCUUGACAAGUUUGUUGCUUCACAACUCAGUCAAGAUAUAACCAAAGACAUCUUUCAGUUGAAGAACAAUAGCAAUGAAGAAUUCAGGGACAUAGAAAACCAUGAAAUGAAGCCUGAAAAUGCCUCAACGUCAAACCCCAGCUUCCCCGUUGACAUGUGGAAAUAGUGGCUGCUUGAAUUGAUUUAAGGGCAUAUACUAAUAUUAGGAAUCUCAACUAAUUAUACCUAAAAAAACGAGUGCUGUUUAAUUUCCUGGACAUAAUAAACUAAAUGAACGUGACAUUGAAGCUCUUGUAUUUGAAGCUUCUGGCUCUAUUUGAAGAUAGCUACUAGCAUUUAAGCCUUAAAUCAAUAU